GCAGACAGCAGCAGCAGCAGUGAUUCGGCAACGCAGAGCAACCGGAGAAAAUCUGUCCGUUUUAAACCAUGACGACGUACUAAAGCGAUGCCUUUCGCGGAGCUAAACGGAGAGAUGUGAGGAGCGGUGGACAUCAGACAGCAUCCAGGCGGGCGGGGCCACCGGGUCUGGGGCUCAGCCACUGAUGUAGAGACAAGAGAGGAGGAAUGAGGCCACCGUCUGAUAAGAAGAGGCCAUAUACAUUUGAAUUCCAUAAGUAGCUGGUGGAGUCUUGCCGAGUCACGGGGGCCCUUAAUACCCUGAGAACCCCAUGGUGCCUGUCUGCAUGGGGUUGAUAGUGUGAAACGCCUGGCUAAACUCCACCAGGCCAAUCCCUGCUCUACAGGCCUGGCCGAGUGGCUCUGCCGGGCCUCCACAGGCACUGUUUCCACCCAGGAGGGGUUGCGUCUCUACAUCACAAAGGCUGUGUGAGGAGAAGCGUGUGUCCCAUGUUGCAUUAGUGUCUGUGUGAAAUGCUGGCCUGUCUGCCAGGGCCAGGUGACCUCUCCCUCCAGCUUCUCCCCCACACGCAGAUGAACACUGGACUUCAGAAAUGGGACACCACACAAAGGAUGAGAUCCGCUCAGUUUCCAACCCCUGCAGAAUUGGAUGCCUAUGCUAAGAAGGUUGCCAACAACCCCCUCACUAUCAAGAUCUUCCCCAACAGCGUCAAGGUCCCCCAGCGAAACCACGUGCGGCGUACAGUUAACGGGCUGGAUACGUCAGGCCAGCGCUACAGCCCUUACCCUCCCUCUCAGGCCAGCGCCAAGACAGGCCUCCUCGCCAUCGUCAAAGUACCCAUGAUCAAAGGCAUCCUCAAGGAUUUUGACGGCAGCCGGGCUCGCUUGCACCCUGAAAUCAUCAUGAACCCCCCAACCGGACCCUACCAAGUGGCUUCAACCAGCACUUUAACCCAUCAUCACCCGCCUGCGCAGGGCCUACCCCGGCCCCAGCAGAGCGUACCCCUCCAACCGCAGAGCCUCCCUCAGACUCUACAGAUGCUCCCUCAGCAGCAGGACCAGACCCAGAGCCUCAGACACCCUCCCCCUGUGGCCCAGCACCCUCAGGGCCUGCCCAGACCCCAGACUCUGUCUCAGCACCCUGCGCUGGGCCACCCCCAGGGGCCCCCUGCUGUCAUGCUCCAGCAGCAGCACCUUCAGCAGCCACCUCCUGGCCUGCAGGGGGGCAGGAAGCUGCCAGAUGGCGACGCACCGCCUAACGUUACCGUCUCUACCUCAACCAUUCCACUCUCAAUGGCCGCCGGGCUGCACCAGAGCCGACAGGCUGACCUGAGCACCAUUGUGCAUCAGAUCAACCAGUUCUGCCAAGCCCGGGCCCAGGGCGCUGGGGCCACCUCCAUGUGUGAGGGCCAGAUCGCCAACCCCAGCCCCAUCAGUCGCAACUUGCUCAUCAGCGCCUGCUCCAGGGUGUCCAUGCACAGCAACCCUGCCACCCCUGGGUUCCCCCCACCCAACUGUAUUAUCGGCCCCCCAGAAAAAGCUACUGCCCCAGUGGGGGCGCACCCUCCACCCAGCGUGGCUGCUAUGAACCACUUGCCCACCUACCAUGCUGAUAUCAAGCAGCAACACCACCUCCAACAGCAUCUGCAUCCGCAGCAGAAUCAACAGCAACUACAACAGCAUCAACAACAACAGAAUCAUCAUCAUCAACAACAACAACAACAUAAUCACACACAGCAGCAGAAAAUGCGCUCUUGGAAUCAGCAGCAGUUGGCUCACUUGUCCCAUGUUCAGAACGGUGGGAGCCAGCCCUGCAAACAGCCUUCCCGGGACCCUUGCUUUCCUUAUAAGGGCAUGGGCUAUCCCCCAGAGGUGUGUGUGGGUCAGCCUUACACCCUGAAACCCCCUGUCGAGAAGCCCACUCCCUCUCCCCCCGUCAACAACAACAGCAUGCCCGGUCCUAUGGCCCACUACACCAACGGCCACUACUUCCAGUCCCACAUUUGGAACAGCAGCAUUCUGCCCACACCCAACAGCGACAGCUCCGGGUCUCAGGACCUCGCCGUGCCAUUCCAUGGUGCGGGCCCAGGGGGGACCACCACCCUAGACUGUGGACCCCCUGGGGCCCCUCAUUACAGGCUAGGGACGGGCUCCUCCUCCUCCACCUCCUCUUCCUCCCAGACUAAUCUGAUGCAAACGACAGAUUACUUGGGUGGGGAUUUCCAGACGCCCUACUUCCGAGAUCAGAAUCUAGGGUUGAUGGGCAAGAUGCACAGGCCUCCCGUGAACAGGGUAGGUCCAGAGGUUGGGGAUGGCAGAACCGCUCUCAUCCAGCACCCAGGGUACAGAUAAGCUAUGGCCUUGUCUACACAACAGUUAUCAGAAACCCUUUGUUUAGUCUUAAGAAAGGAAACACAUGAAAUAAAGUUAAAUUGACAACUUAAACAAAUGACCGCUAAUGUAAAAGAGGAUAAAUGAAUAUAUUUAAUGAAAAGCAGUAGUUUUUUUGUCCCUUCUCUUUUUGUAAUCAAUCUUGCAAGUGAUCAAUUGAUUUUUUUUUUUGUGUGUGUGUGUAUCAAUGAGUGCUUUUACCUGGCACUUUAGGGAACUUUUUCUUGUGUGAGCAUGUGUGUUUGUGUGUGUGUGUGUGUGUGUUUGUGUGUGCGUGUGUGUGUGUGUGUGUGUGUGUAUGUGUGUGUGUUCAUUCCUGCCCUCUCUCUUCUGUCAUGCCUGUCUAUCAGUGUGCCUGGAUCUGAAAGGAUCCUGUGUUAUUUCUACUUCAGACCUGUCCGCAGUUUUCAUAUGCAUGAAAGAAAGAAGAAAAACAGAUCUCUCACUGAAAAAUGGAAACAUCUACUGAAGGAUGUUUAUUUUUUUUACAGGGUCAUGUCAGGAAUUCUCGGCUCUGACUAGUUUUAUCAGACAAGUGGCUAAUUUUCUUUUUUGGUGUUUACACUCGAAUCUCAUAGUGACUUCAAGAUUAAACACAAUCAUAAAAAUUUCCUCUUGAAGACACCACAGAAGAGAGAGUAACGAUCUUGUUCCAGUGCAGAUCCAUCACACACUGGAGACUACAGCUGGAAAAGCUUGUGGUAUGCACAUGUACAAAGAGAUUUUGCUCUUUUGAAUUGUAAUUAUUUAUUUGUAUUAUAGGACUGUUUCUGAAUCAGGUCACCGUUCAAGGUUGAUUCCUCUCUGUCAGUUAAGGAAGCAUGUAAUCAGGUUGUUUGUACAUAGUAUCGAUCCAGCAGGGAGCAAAAUUGUUGAUAAGGCGAUGCUCUGUCCUGCUCAUAAUGCUGCAAUGAAUUCAGGUGUCUGUAAAAAGAAAAAAAAAUAACAAGCUUUUUCUUUUUUUGCCAUUCCCUGUGAGGUUUGGCAACAUGAUUGUGAAAUGUUUUAUUUUAAUUCAGAAGAAAGUCAUGAAUUUUAACACUGACACCUUAAAUGGCCAAAGUCAGGUUAACAAGGACAUAGCUGUUUUAAGAUGUGCCAUUUUAUGUUGGUUUCCUUUGCAGAUAAUUUUUCAAACCUGAAAAAUUUAUUACUUGAAUUGUUGAAAUGUUUGUGUUGCAGAUGUUGAAGGGGAUGGGCUAGUUAGCAGGACAAAACUCAGUUCUGGAGUAGAAGAAAUAGAAGUGUUACUAAUGUCAUUUAGAAAACUAACUAUGAACCAAACCAGAGUUUUGAUCCUGACUUUGUUGAAAUCACAGCAGUAACUUAAGUGAAUUAAGUUAUGUGUAGUUGCUACUGAUUCUGAUGUGAAGUUUGCUUGAAAAGACCAAAUUGAUCACUUGCAAGAUCACAUGGAGGUAAACAAAACAGACUUUUAAGUUUAAAGUGAAACAGCAAAUGCAUUGUUUAUUUUAUUGUACACUGGCUUACCUACUAGACUACUGUAACUUUAAAGUGUAAUGAUUGUGUGUGAAUGUUGCCUGCUGAAUGUGGGUAGAGUUAACGUGUGUGUGUGCCGUGUGUGUGUGCGUGCGUGUAUGCACGUGCGUAUGUGUGUGUGCGCGUGUGUGUGUGUGUAUACACACUGAUGCCCAUGUUCUGUUCACCUAACUCCCUAACAGCCCUUAAGAAGCCUUAAGUAUUUGGUCCUUGGACUUUCCUUUGAAAACGAGCAUGGUUUUAAUGAAAACCCCAAAUAAUAACAAGAGAGAAGAUGACAAGGAUAUACAGAAACAGCAAUUUCUGGUUUCUUUUUUAUCUUUUAUUUUGAUGAAGUUUUUGUUGAAUAGAGAGAGCAAUUCCUUAGACAUUCUUUAUUACGGAAAGCAAGAAAUGGAGUAAUAUUUUGUAAUUAUAUAUUUUAGCAAUGUAUAGUUACUGGGCUGUAACAAACAUUUUUUUCCAAGUUUCAAAGCUUCAGUUUGCAAUUGUGACUAUUUAUAAUACUUGAUUUGCUUGUUAUUUAAAUUUUAUUUUCUUUCUUUUUCUUGUACUAUUGCUGUGAAAUGGAAGAAGGUCCAUAAGCCUUUCUUUUGGGUCAUUCUGUACGACAGAUAAGAGGCAAGAGCGUGAGAGUUGUGCUACUCUUUUUGUAAUAUUGUAAUAAUAAAAUAAAGUUCUAAUUUAUGCUUUGA